AUGGCUGCUGAUGGGAAUUCUGCUGAAAAGUUGCCUCAUGAGGCAGCAAACUCGCCUUCAUCAAGUAGUAUGAAUAUCGACGUCGAAGAUGCCACGUCAAGGCCAGCGAAGCUUCGGCGUGAUCUCCAGGGACGACAUAUGCAGAUGAUUGCCAUUGGUGGCUCAAUCGGUGCAGGCUUCUUUGUCGGUUCUGGCAGAUCGCUCGCGGUUGGGGGCCCGGCAUCCCUGCUGCUCGGCUUCGCUAUUACUGGUGUCAUGGUUCUCUGCAUGAUCAUGGCUUUGGGAGAGCUGAGUGUCAUGUAUCCAGAGAACGGGGCAUUUUAUGCCUACGUAGUCAGGUUUUUGGACCCAGGCUGGGGCUCUACUAUUGGGUGGAUGUUUGAAUUUGUUCUUGGCAUCAUCAAACUCAUCGCUGUUGCCGGAUUUAUCAUCUUUGGUAUUGUUGCGAACACUGGAGGAGUACCAACAGAUCAGCGAGGGUAUCUGGGCUUUAAGUAUUGGAGCGGCGAUGAUGGGAAUCGCGCCUUUCGCAAUGGUUUCCCUGGCUUUUGUUCGGUUUUUGUGGUUUCUGCCUUUGCAUUCGGUGGCACUGAGCUCGUCGGACUUGCCGCCGCAGAGGCUGUUGACCCCCAGAAGUCCAUACCCAAGGCCACAAAACAGGUCCUAUGGCGUAUCGCGGGGGUUUACAUCCUGGGCUCCCUAAUCCUCGGUAUCGUCGUCCCGAACUCAGCCCCCGAGCUACUAGGCGCAUAUGGUGCAAACACCAAAGCAUCUCCAUUUGUUUUGGCGUUCCAAAUCGCUGGAGUCAAGAGCAUGCCGUCGGUAUUCAAUGCUAUUAUCGCUGUUUCGACCCUCUCUGUGGCCAACAGCUGCACCUACGGCUCCACUCGAACACUACAGGCUUUAGCUCAGCGUGAUAUGGCGCCGAAGUUUAUCGCCUACGUGGACAAUAAAGGUCGCCCACUUGUGGCAGUGGCUAUUCAGCUUCUUUUUGGACUGCUGGCAUUCAUAGCCUUCUCUGCACAGGCUGGCACAGUAUUUACCUGGCUCUUUUCAAUCUCAGGACUCGGUUUGUUGUUCUUAUGGGCAUCAAUUUGUCUCAGUCACAUAAGAUUUAGACAAGCAUGGAAGGCUGCUGGAAGAUCUAUUCAAGAAUUACCUUUCAAAUCGCCACUAGGGAUAUAUGGGUCGUACUUUGCGCUUUUCCUCAUUCUCUUCGUUCUGGUUCUCACUCUCUAUGUCGCCAUCAAGCCACCUGGAGCACCACCAAGUGCGAUGUACUUCUUCCAGAAUUGGCUUUCUGGCCCACUUGCCUUGACGGCAUUUGCAAUAAGAAAACUCUGGGCACGAGACUGGACUUUGGGCGUCAAAGUUGACGAGAUUGAUCUCGAUGCUGGAAGGAGAGAAGACAGCUUCACGUCGCCACGCGUACAUGAAGAAGAGAAGCGGCAGAGUUUUGCCCAACGUGUGAUUCAUGCCGUCUUCUAG